AUGAACAAUCAAGGCCAGGCGGGCCAGCAAGGCGCUGCGGCCGGUCAAGCCGGACCCGGAGCCCAGCGACAGGCUCCAAUGUAUCGUCCCGAGAUGAUGCGAAACCUCCCGAUCCUCAACGAUGAAGAGAAAGCAAAGUACGAGCGCGGCCUUCGUCAGCUUUGGAACCAUUUCGAGAACCACCCCGAAGACUCGGCCCAGCAUCAAGAUGCCAAGAAGAAAAUCCAGGACUUCACCAAGAUGCUUCUGAAUAAGCUUCAGCAGCGUAGGUUGCAAGUCCAACAACAGCAGCAAGCCCAGCAGGCUGCGCAGCAACAGCAACCACAGCAAGCCGGCCAGCAAUCUCAGCAGACCCAGGCUGCUCAGGCGCCCACGCCCCAGCAACAACCCCAACAGGCACAGCCGCAAGCUCAGCAGCAGACCGCGAGCCAGAAUGCAGGCGGCGUGACUGUCAAGACAGAGCCAAAGACCGAAGGCACACCGUCGGCAACCGCAGAGCCGGCACAUGCCCCUACACCAGCGCCCGCUCCCGCCGCCGCACCGACUCCCGCCGCUGCCCAACAGCCGCAGUCGACCCCUUCCCAAUUCCCGGAGCACAUUCUGGCGCACAUCCGCCAGAUGACGUUCAACCCGCCGAUGACGAUCUCCGAGAAGGGCGCCGAGGCGGCGCAGCGAUGGUCGAACGACUUCAAGGCCAAGUACCUGAGAGCGUUGAUGCAGAUGGACAAUAACGGAAACCAGAUGAAGCGCAUCGACACCAUCAUCAAGGAGAGGCAGGACAGGGGAUCGCCGUACAGCGCGGAAGAGCUGAAGCAGAUUCAGAUCCGCCGAGAGCAUGCUCACAAGAUGUACCAGGAGGCGCACAAGUUUGUCGACGGUUUUCGUAAGAGUCAAGAAAACAUCAACAAGCAGCGCGCUGCCCUCGCUGGUCAGGCUGCUGCUGGUGCCCAAGGAGCCGCUCGGCCACCGCAACAGCAGCAGCAAGCUCAGCAACAGGCCCAGCAGCAGCAGCCGCAGCCCAGUCCGGCGGUGGCUACCGCGCAGACUCCGGCGACCCAGGCAGGUGCGCAGGCCAGCCCGGUGCCUGCCCAGGCGGGUACCCCUUCGAUGCAAACCCAAAACACGGCGGUGAAUGCAGCUAUCGAGGCUGCGAAAAAUCAGCAAAUGGCAGCUGCCGCCGCCGGACGUGCAACUCCCCAAAACCAGCAGGCGCAACAGGCACACCAGGCCCAGCAACAACAGCAGGCGCAACACCAGGCGGCUCAGCAGCAAGCGCAACAACAGCAGCAGCAGCAGCAGCACCAGGCACCUGCCCAAGCUCAAGCACCCACCCCGUCGGCUCCCACUCCGACUACUCAACCCGCGCAACCUCAACAACCUACCACUGUCGCACCGCAACAACACCAGCAGCAGCAAGCCAUGGCUCCCCAAGGUCAGCAACAGCCUCACCCUCCUCCCGUCAAUACGGCCAUCGCUUCCGUAUCUGCUGGAGGCGGGCUUCCCUCGGCAGGCACUCCCACCCAGAACCGUGUCGCGACUCCCCAGUCUGCCGCUCCUCUGGCGAACGGCCAAGCUCUCUCGCACUCUGCUGCCGUCUCGCGCGCAAACCAGCGUGUGAACUCACAGGUUGCGAUUCCUAUCCAGCAACAGCCUAACAACACCCCCGGAUCUGCCGGCGCACAGGGAGUCAUCAUGGGUGCCAACAACCAGCAUGCCCAUCCGACUCAGCCCACGCAGACGCUGCAGUCCAAGCUCCCGAUCCCGAAGCAGCUUCCCGAAAAGGCGACUGCCGUCCCGCAGCCUGUCGCAAUGAGUGGUGGUGCUGGAGCAGGCCGCCCUACCUAUACCGGAGGUAGUGGCAUUGCCGGUGGUGUCAUGGGCCAGCCCGCGAUGGCCAAGAUUCCAGCCUACCAGCAUGAGGCCGAAGGCGACCACGUUCUCAGCAAGAAGAAGCUCGAUGAGCUCGUCCGCCAGGUUUGUGGCGGAACCGGCGAGAGUCAGGACAACAACAUGCUGAUGCCCGAAGUUGAAGAGAGCGUCUUGACCAUGGCUGACAGUUUCGUCGACAACGUCCUCGAGACCGCCUGCCGUAACGCUAAGGAGCGCGGAUCCAAGGUUCUCGAGAUUCGCGAUAUCCAGCUCGUGCUUGAGCGCACCUACAACAUCCGUGUGCCCGGCUACUCAUCCGACGAAUUGCGCGCUGUUCGCAAGUUCCAGCCUUCCACGGCCUGGAUCACCAAGAUGAGCGCCAUCCAAGCGGCAAAGGUUACCUCCGGUAAGGGCGAGUAG